CCUGGCGCGCGCCGGGCGGACUGAGCCUCGGAGGCGGGCCAGGCUUUCGGCGGCGGCGGCUGCGGCGGGGCCGCUGGUCCCCGGAGGAUUUCCAGACGCUCCCGGGCUGAGGGGCUUCGGCCCGGCGGCGGUGGCGGCGCUUGCCGGCCCUAGGGGACGGACGACUGGGCCGCGGGGCCGCGCCCUGAGUAGCAGAAAGAGAAUGAAAGAAGUAGAUAAUCUUGACAGUAUAAAAGAAGAAUGGGUUUGUGAAACAGGACCUCCUGACAGUCAGUCCCUCAAUGAUAAUCAACAAAAGGACUGUGACUGUAUUGUUGACAGCCUUUUUGAGGAAGCAGAGAAGGUUGGUGCCAAAAGUUUGUCCCCUGCAGAACAGAAGAAACAGGUAGAUGUAAACAUAAAAUUAUGGAAAAAUGGAUUCACGGUCAAUGAUGAUUUUAGAAGUUACUCUGAUGGUGCAAGUCAGCAGUUUCUGAACUCCAUCAAAAAGGGGGAAUUACCUUCAGAAUUACGAGGAGUUUUUGAUAAGGAGGAGGUGGAUGUUAAAGUUGAAGAUAAAAAAAAUGAAGUAUGUAUGUCUACAAAGCCUGUGUUCCAACCCUUCUCAGGACAGGGCCACAGACUAGGAAGUGCUACACCAAAAAUCGUUUCUAAAGCAAGGAGUAUCGAGAUUGACAAUAAAAGCACUUUGUCUGCUGUUUCACUGAACAACUUGGAACCCAUUACCAGGAUCCAGAUCUGGUUAGCCAAUGGGGAAAGGACUGUCCAAAGAUUUAAUGUUUCUCAUAGGGUGAGCCAUAUUAAAGACUUCAUUGAAAAAUACCAGGGAUCUCAGAGAAGCCCUCCCUUUGCCCUGGCAACAGCUCUUCCUUUCCUCAGAUUUCUGGAUGAGACACUCACAUUGGAAGAAGCAGAUUUGCAGAAUGCUGUAGUCAUUCAGAGACUCCAGAAAAGUGCUGAGCCUUUUAGAAAGCUCUGAUAGUUUUAAUUUUUGAGAGACUGAGAGAAAUGAUGGUUGGAAGUGGACAUGCAGAAGUGGGAGAUAGAAGUCAGUGUGACUGAACUUGUGGUUUGAGCGAUACUUAAUCCCUUAUGAGGGGGGGCUUAAUAAUCACAAGCUAGGAAAGUAACAUAUGGCUGGAAACCAUACUCAGCGCACUUUUCUCAAAAGGCUACUCAGAAAAAAAAAAAUCCCUAUUUUCAAAUACUAAAUAACCAGUAUAAUAUAUUAAAUAGCUGUAUCAUUAAUCUUAAUGUAGUCUAAAUUAGCAGAGUAUUCACACGCAUCAGCAUUCAAACAUUAUUUCCAAACAGCAGAUAUUUAUAUAAAUGUUAGCUAUCUCAGUUUUAAAAUAGCAAUACAUUAAAAUAUACUGACAUGUUGAAAGCAUCGAUGUAAUUAUUAUAUUGCCUCAUCUUCAGAGCUUGUCAGUUUUCACUCUGAGAUAUUCAAAUAUUCAUUUGGCAACGUAUCCAAAAUGUAUACUCUUGUGUAGCUUAGUAUAAUGUCAGUAUUAAUCUGUCUACACACUUUUCUGUAUCUUCUAUAUGUAAUUUUAUGGGCUGGAAAUAUAAAUAUAGUUCAGUGAUAGAUUAUUUGCCAAGCAUAUAUGAGACCCUAGGUUCAAUUGAUCCCCUGCACCACACACACACAAACCCUCAAAGUUUUCAAAUAUUUAUUCAUUUUAAAAUAGUAACUGGGAGCCAGGCAUGGUGUGUACACCUGUAAUCCCAGCACUUGGGGAGGCAGAGACAGAUCUAUGGGUUGGGGGCCAGCCUGGUCUACAAAGCGAGUCCAGGACAGCCAAGGCUACAAGAGAAACCCUGUCUCAAAAAACCAAAACUAAUAAUAAUAACAGCUUCAAAACUGCCUACAGUGGUGCAUGCCUUGUAGCUCUAGCGAACACCAAGCUGACAGUGGAGGAUCACUUGAGCCAAGGAGUUCCAGUCAGCCUAAGCAACAUAGCAAAAAACCCUGUCUAUAGUAGCAACUUUAUGCCUAGAGCAAAGGCUCAGCAGUUAAGAGAAUUGGCUGCUCUUGCUGUGGAUCCAGGUUCAAUUUCCAGCACCCACAUGGCAGUUCACAACCAUCUGAAACUCCUGCUCCAAGGGAUCCAACUCCCUCUCUGAGCUCUAUGGGCACUGUACUCAAGUGCUACAUAGACUUACAUGCAGGCAAAACACCACACAUGUUAAAUUUUUAAAAAUUAAUAAUUUCCAAAGCAUGAAAAGAUUUAUUGAGAAAGGUGGCAUUGUACUUCCUUUUUUCAGAAAAUGUAAUGUCUGACUUAAUGACGAUAAAUGAUUCUCACCUGUUUCUAUAUUCACUAUGUUGCAGUAUCACGUAUCUUAUAGCCUCUGGAACAGCAGUUUUCAUUUGUGAGAAUGAAAAAGAAGCAUGUAACACUAUAUGAUUAGGAAAGCCAUUUUGACAAAGGGUCAUUUGGAAGUCCUUCCCAAAGGACUAAUACCUGACCAAACAUGGUAGCUCACAUAUGUGACCAUAUCACUUGGGAGCCUGAGGCAGGAGGAUUACCAAGAGGUAAAGCCCAGCGUGGGCUACAGAAUGAGACGAUGUUAAAAUGACAAAGUCUAUUCCUGCCACCUACCACAAGCAUGCUUCACUGUCUGAGACAGGUGUCAAUUCCAUUUGGAAUCUUGAGUGAGUCAUAGGUAGUGAUUAGUGUAACUGCAGGAAUUCUGUACUAGGCCUCAGUCCACACUGUACUCCUCACCAGGGGCGUGGGCAGCUCCACCCAAAUGCAGCUUCUACACCUCAGCUUUGUCUUCCCAAGUUUACUCAGGCUGAACUACUUGCGACGAAACCUGUGCCUUGCCUCCCAUCCACAGAUGAAGGCAGGGCUGGGAAGUGUGAUGAGGUUUUAAGUAAGACUCAGGAAUAACAAGAGGAAACCUAUGUAUGUAACUGGAUGUCCUGGAUCAGCCCUUUGUUCUGCAGUCUUAUUUUAAAGAUCCUUUCUUCCUUGCCAGGCUUCUCUGUAUUUUCGGUGGGCAGUGGGGACAAGAGGACUAAGGAGAGCAUUUUCAUUUUGCCCUUUACCUAGGAAAUCGGCAGGACUGUAAUAGAAAGUUAAAUUAUUUGUCAAUAAUGUUUACACAACAGUAUCAGAGCCCUCUUUAGCAAAGCAAAUAAUUACUUUCGUAACAAAAAAGAGGAUAGUAAAAUCAAUGGUUUUAUCUUACAGAUAUAGGCAAAAACUUUUGAUUGUUAAUAUGUUCAGGAAUCUCUAAGGAAAUGUUUCAUAAAGGCCUAUCAUGAAACCUUUCUGUUUGCAUAGUUAUAAUUGAUAAAUGGUUUUCUGUAUUUUUAUGAGGAGCCUCUCACAAGAAUGUUUCUUGUGUAUCUACAAAAAAGGGGGGGAAGCCUCCUUUGUGGAUAUUCCAAUUAACCAGAAGCUCUAGUGGGGUUUUCUUGUUUGUCCACAUAGAGUAUAUGCCAGGGAGAGGUUCUAAUAGGAAAAAUGGUCAUCAGCAAUAACUAGCAUUUUUUUUAAACUGUGAAAAUGUUGUAAAUAUAUUCUCAAAGAUUUCCUUAAGAUAAUCAUCUGGUAAAGCUUUUUACUUGAAAAUUCACAAGUUGUAAAGUUUAAUGUAUAGACUCCUUAUUAUAGUUGACUUUGGAAGACUAAAUUGCCCAGGGAAGCAAAACUUGAAGUGAGUGAAUAUCUUAGGAGUGGGAUGCAGCUUGAUCCAAGUCUUUGCUUUAGAGCUGUCAUCAGUCAUUUGUCUUGCAGAUGAAAUGGACACAUCAAAGCAUACCUGAUUGUAUACAUCCUAAUUUGCCAGCUAGAUUACUAUGCACUGUCAAAGCUAAAAUAAUCUUACUUUAUCACAACUCAUUCAAUAUAUUUCAUGAUGUUUCCAUACAUUGACAGUGUAGUAGUUUGUAUCUAUUUUAGUGCCUUAAUAUAUUUUUGAUGCGGUAUUUUGCUAAUGGUUAAAUGAACGGUUCCCUUAAAGAUAAAAUGCUCUUCAUUGAAAGGAUAUGUUAAAUAAUUUACACCUGUUGUAAAAAUAGUUACUUGUGAAUGCUUUUGUCUUUUUUUUUUUUUUUAAUGUGGCUAGGUCAUUCAGUUUGAGAAUCUAUUAUUUGAUCUAAUAAUUAUUAGAUGCCUUUCUUUAAGCAAUGUUAUUUUUAUUUCAUACUCAGAAAUGUGAAAAAGUGAUAUUUUUGUAGCUGUCCAAUGGUUGUAUUUAUUCUUAUGACGUAGCAUGGAAACGUAUGAAUAGUGUUUACUCUUUUGUCCUUCUCUGCCACAGAACGAAACACUUCAGUAAAAAGUUGCUCCUCACACUGAGUCCUCAGUGAGAAGUGGCUUGCUCAUUACA